AUGGCGUCCGUCCGCGGACAGAAGCCCAACAUUACCGGCUUCGACAUGAGAGCCUUCAAGGAGGCCGCCGGCCAGCCCAGAUACGACCCCUGGGAGAGGGCAGAGGCCUGGAGAUACAAGGGCCCCUUCACGAGAUUCAACCGUUUCAAGGGAUCCUUCCCCGGCCUCGGCAUCGCUACCGUUGCCUUCGCCGGCUACUGCGCCUACGAGUACUUCUUCCUGGCCGACGAUCACCACCACGGCGACAGCCACGGCAAGGACCAUCACUAG